UUUUUUUAUAUCUGAUUCUCCCAAUUUCAACUCUUUUUUGUCGAACCUAUUCCCUUUUUUUCUUCUCAACACAUUGAGAAACAGCAUAGAUUUUUAAUAAAAUGAGUAGUCACCCAUGGUCACCCGAAGAUUGGAAGUCAAAGCCUAUUGUCCAAGACGUUAUUUAUGAAGACCAAGAACAUUUGGAUCGUGUAUUGAACAAGUUGCAUCGGUUGCCGCCCAUGGUAUCUGCUGCAGAGAUCGAAAAAUUAAGAGAGCAAAUGAAAGAAGCCGCUUUGGGCAAGUCGUUCAUAUUACAAGGUGGUGACUGUGCGGAAUUGUUUGAUUACUGCUCACAGGAACCUAUUGAAAACAAGUUGAAGGUUCUGUUGCAGAUGUCACUUGUUUUGACGUGGGGUGCUCGCACACCUGUCGUUCGUAUUGCACGUAUGGCAGGCCAAUAUGCAAAGCCUCGUUCCAAUCCAACAGAGAUGUAUGAAGGCAAAGAAAUUCAUUCUUUCAGAGGUGAUAAUGUAAAUGGUUUUGACCCGAAUGAUAGAAAACCUGAUCCCGAGCGUUUGUUAGGUGCUUACUUUCAUUCAGCGGCUACACUGAACUAUGUGCGCACGUUAAUCGACUCUGGAUUUGCAGAUUUGCACGAACCUUCCAAAUGGAACCUCAGUCAUGUACGAUCGGACAACGUCAAACGAGAAUAUGAAUCGAUUGUGCAUCAGUUAUUGGAUUCGCUCGACUUUAUGAAAACAGUGGGUGCGGAUCCAUCGGACAGAGCCAGCAGUGCAUUGAAUUCGGUCGACUUUUAUGUAUCGCAUGAAGCACUUUUGUUGGAUUACGAGUCGUCGUUAACCCGUCUGUUGCCUUCACCGUCGACAAAGGAAAAGAAAUGGUACAACACAGGCGCACAUUUUCUGUGGAUUGGAGAUCGUACGCGACAACCGAAUGGAGCACAUGUAGAGUACAUGCGUGGUAUAACGAACCCUAUCGGCAUUAAAGUGGGUCCUAGUACAGUCCCUGAACAGCUUGUAGAACUGUUGCAUACAGUGAAUCCGGAUAAGGAGAUUGGCAAAGUGACACUGAUUACACGAUUUGGAGCGAAUAAAGUAGAAAGCUGCUUGCCACAGCAUAUUGAAGCGGUGCGUCAAGCAGGACACAUGCCAGUUUGGGUUUGUGAUCCUAUGCACGGUAAUACAAAAACGGCGCAAAAUGGACAACUCAAGACGCGCCACUUUAAGGACAUCAUACAAGAACUAUCCCAAACAUUUAGAAUUCAUAAAGAAUGUUCGAGUCAAUUGAAUGGCGUGCAUUGUGAAUUGACAGGGGAUUCAGUGACAGAAUGUAUUGGCGGUUCGAUGGAUUUAACAGACAAAGAUUUGUCUACCAAUUACCAAACCCAUUGUGAUCCACGUCUUAAUUACGAACAGUCGCUUGAUGUCGCCUUUUUGAUAGCUAAAUAUUACGAAAAAGAACGUAAAUCACAUGACUUCCCUACCCUAUAGAAAAGAAUAAAAACCUAGAUUGUCUCUAUGUGUGUAUGUAAAGAAGAAUACAUGCAACUUGCAUAUAGGCCACAAACCCAUCCAAUGGAAUGAGUUGAGCGUCCACUUUUAUUAGAAGAGCGAAAAGCUUCUUUUAUUGGUUGCACCUGCAAAUGGUUCUCUCCACAACAAAAAAGAAAAAAUUCGUCAUUUCUCGUCGUCACCUUUAAGGAAAGUAAAGCAAAAACGAACACGGGGAGGCAUUAGAGUUUUCUAGCAUAGAAUAUGAGGAAGCACGAAAAAAAAAAAAAAAAAA